GGAAAAGUCGCGUCAUUUUCACUUUGCCUUCAGCUUGGGAACACUCUAUUUCGAUCAGGUUUGUUUUUCUUUUCGUACGUUAACUGUAGUUUUUUUUAUUAGAAGCGUUUUACUUUUGAUAUUUAAUUUUUGUAUUGAUACCGAAUUAUACAGAGUCGAAUUUACUGAACAGCAGUUGCUUUGCUGAAAGAAAUUGGAUCAAUUCCGUUGGGUAACAACAAUGUGAUCACCGCCUGUAUGCAGUCGAUCCGUUACCACGCUUGUUUUGUUCUUAUUUCCAUCGCAAAUCGGAAUUAUUCAACGCUGUUGAUACCACGUAUCUGUAAGCAGUUUUCAUAAGACAUAGGUUUUCUUUUCAAUUCAGGAAAGAUAUGUUCUUUUAAAGGCAAUAGAUAAAUUGUGAUGCAUUCGUGAUCACCGAAGCAAGGUUAAAAAUCGAGUUGGCAUUAUAUUGUGCCGUCGACGCAAUACUCAAAAUGAAAAAUCGACAUAGCUACCUGUAAACGUAAAGUAUGUAGCAUAAGACGUUCUUCUUAUCCAUUGAAACAUUAAAUGCUGAGUCAAAUUUGUUUUUAAACAGUUAUUGCAAAAGAAAUGCUUCACCAAUGAUGGUUUCGAUCUAUUAAAAUCUUCGGAGCACGCUUUGAAAAGACUCACGCGGUGCGCUCUAGUAAAAAAGCUUAUUGCGGUUCGAAUUGCUUGAUUGAGAAAAGAUGCCUCGAUAAAUAUAGCAUUAAAACAAUCUGUAUAAAACAUAAAGAGAAGACGAAAGUCAAACUCGAAAUAUCAAUAAAGCGAAAAUCUGUUAAAUCAAGGAAAGAAUGCGUGCUUUGUUAAGUCUUAUGUAACUUUAUGAGCUCAGACACGAUUUAAAAAAAAGAUUUGCCACCUUUUCUUCUGUUUUCAAAGUAUUUCUGAUUUCUAGAAAUUCACCUGGACAUAGUGUUUCCAUGCUAAAGAUAUGAAAUGUUCUUUUCUACUCGGUGUUUUCGAUGGAACGUCCUGAGAAUAAUACAGGCACAAUGACAUUUCCGAAAAAUGAUAUUUAAACGUUUUACUAUUUAUUUUGUGUCAGCCAAAUGUCAAAGAAGUUAUCGAUUUCUUAUGCAAUACAGUAAAUAGAUUUGUUGGCAAACACUUCAUUUUACAAAAACAAACCAUUCAUAUAUGUUUUUCGAUCCCUUCAAAAAGAGGACAACUUGCAAUAUUGUGUUUCAUAUGCACCUCUCUGGACAUUCUGUGAUUUAUUUUAUUUUUUUUCAAGGUAAGUCCAAGGAAAACUUAGCACUAAUAUCACACAAUUCACAAUGGGAUCCAAUGGUGAUGAAACUGUGACCAUGGAAGACUUCACUAGAAUUGAAAAGAUAGGUGAAGGUACGUCAUCUUGUACUUAAUUUAACAUCAAGGGUAUUAUAUGUAUAACAAAGGAAUCUGUUAGCCUUCAAAAGUUUAACUCUAGUUGUUUUAGAGCUCUGUAUUUAAAGGGACAUCCAUGGAAAUUACUGACACUUGUGUCUUCUUUGUCUUUUCUCUUACCGUUUGCAUUACUUACUGCUCAUACUAUCUAUCUGAAUGAAAUACUGUCUUCCUUUUGGCCAGGUACAUAUGGUGUAGUAUACAAAGGACGCAACAAAAAGACCAACAAACUGGUGGCCUUGAAAAAAAUCCGCCUUGAGCUAGCAGAGGAAGGAAUACCUAGCACAGCAGUUCGAGAAAUUUCACUGCUCAGGGAGCUUAGGGAUCAUCCUAAUGUCGUCUGUUUAGAGCACAUACUCCAUGACGAUGCAAAGUUGUACUUAGUAUUUGAAUUUCUGAUGUGUGACCUCAAAAAGCACUUAGACUCAACCCGAGGAUUGUUGGACCCCAUGUUGGUUAAGGUAAUUUCUUAGGUACCAGAUGCCAAAAAAUGUUGUGUCAAUUUUGUUGUCCUAAUUUUUGUGCAUUGAAAUUAGCAAUUUCAACAAACUACCAUUACGUUUUAAUAAACCAAGACAUUUAUUAUUAUUACAAAAGUGCAUCUUAUUGUCAGGCUAUAAAAACUGUGACCACAGGCACAAGAAAAUUAUGUCGUGACAUGUCAUGUCUAAACCAAUCUCUAAAUGAUAUAUGCACCGUAGAAACAGUAUUAUUUACAUUGUGAAAAUUAAUGACAAAUAUAAUAAUUGAGUAUGUCUUAAAGGCCAAUGUUCAUCAAAACAGCUUUGUACACCACACUGACUGACUAUUUUAUUAGAGAAAGAGAAACUGUAAUUUGUGAACAUCCUCCACAUCCCAAUCCCCUUCCCCCCGGAUAGUGGGGAAGACGUGAAUUAAAGUAAAAGGCAUCUGAAAAGUUGGACAUUGAUUUCAGUUUCCUCCCGUUUUAUUUUUGUGUUCGUGCUUUCUUGAUUCAGAGGACCCCACUAUCUUGGAGCCUGAAAGGGCUACUGAAGCGUUUUCAAGAAUGCUUUCUUAAUUUGCAGAGCUACUUAUACCAGAUGACAAACGCUAUGUACUUUUGUCACAGUCGCCGAAUUUUACACCGUGACCUGAAGCCCCAGAACUUGUUAAUUGAUGAACAGGGACUGAUAAAGUUAGCUGAUUUUGGGCUUGGUAGACCAUUUGGAAUCCCUGUAAGGGCUUACACUCAUGAGGUAUGCAAACAUUCAGUCAAUAUUAAAUUAAGGUAGUAUAUAUUAAAUUAUUCUAUAUUUUAUAUUAUUUACCUAAGCAUUUUUGAGUUAAAUGCAGCACAGGUCGCCCAGUCUCAUGUAACAAGGAAAAGGUGUAAAGUGACCUUUGUGCUGGACGUGUUGAAAAUAAGAGACUUUGUAUGAAAAAUGAAAUACUGAGAUCUGCAAAUGCUAAAAAUGAAUUGAAAUGAAUAAAAAAGACUUACCUGUGAUGUAUUCCUCUGUGUUUUGGUGUCUGUUCAGCUACUACUGUUUUUUUUUUUUUGUUGUUGGAAGGGGAGGGGCUUUAUUGCAUAUUAACCACUAUUCCAAAGCUGGUCAUUUUGAUCUGGCAGGUUACUGGACUAGUCACAACAAAAAUGCCAUUUUUUCGGCCAAAAUUCAAUUCACUGCAAUGUUUUUCAGCACCCAAGAGGAAAACCUCCUCUUCCUCUCUGGGAGUUCAGCUCAAAAAAGCUUGAUAAUUUCCCCAUCAAAUUGGGCCAUUUGUGCCUGACUUCAAGGCAUGUCUGGCUUUCCUCCAGUACCUGUGGACAUUGUUGUGCCUACCAUCUCAUUUGCAUUUGAGAUUUGAAACCACGCCAGGUUGACAAUUAGUGUUUACAUGUACAUGACGGGUGCAAGGGCUUAAAAGACCUGUUAAUUAUACUCCUCACCCCACCAAGUUAAGGAAGUAAUAUGAUGCUCGCGCUAAGUGAGGGAUUGCGUGUCCAGGUAUGGUUUGAAAGGAUCACAGUUAACAAGAGAAUGGCAAUUUUUUCUUAUUGUUAGGUGGUAACUCUGUGGUACCGGGCACCUGAAGUUCUCUUAGGAUGCCAGAGAUAUGCCUGCCCUGUGGACAUCUGGAGUGUGGGGUGCAUAUUUGCAGAGAUGGUUACAAAGAAACCUCUCUUUCAUGGAGAUUCAGAGAUUGACCAACUUUUUCGUAUUUUCAGGUUUGCAUUGCAAUAUUAUAUAUUCCAGCUUGUAAAAUUUACAUGGUGAGAAUAGAGAUUUAAGUGCUUACAGUGUCCUACAUUGAAGAGACAUGAAAUAAAAAGACUGCCCCUUGACAUGGUUGCCAAAGGUUAGGAAAUGGUCAGGGAAAAAAUUUCUUCAAGGUCAGGGAAUUUCACUUCAUGUCAGGGAAAAGUGAAAUGUUAAGAGUACAUUUUAUUCUUGUUCCCUUUGAACAACAAGCUAAUGUUGGUUUUAAACAAAAUUAAUCCUAUUUGCACAUUAUUGUCAAGCAAUUCAUGUACACUAUACAUGACUUGCUGAAAUGCUUUAUGUAACACUUACCCUAUUAAACGAUGAAUAUGUGAAUUUCAUUUAUUGAAACUGUGAAAUGAAGAAAUACGACUCGAACUCUGAAGGGAAAUGGAAAGCAGUUGAGUUUGUGGGGAAUUUGAGUUAUCCUGCUAAAUUUAUGGUGAAAUUUUCAUCAAAGGAAAGGAAAAUUUCUUCCAGUUAGAGGGGAAUUCAAGUAAUCCGAGUUUGAGCCAUCGUGGUUCUACUGUACAGGGUUGUCAUUAAGAGCCGGGGGCCAGGGAUUUUCCCCGGCAACUAAUAGAGUGGCCCCCGGCUACUUUUAUUGGAAAAUAGAAGAAAAAUAGAACCAAAAGAAAUCCCUAGCCAUUUGAUUCCUUGCCUACUUGUUGUAUUUACCCAGCAACUUGAAAUCUUAGUGACAACCCUGCUGUAACUGCAAAGAAGAUCAUCAGAGGUUAAGAUGUGACAACUUAUGCAGUUGCGAAAAGAAAGCCCAAAAAAUUCAGACUUGCCGAAAUUCAUAUCCUGGCUCCUGAAAUAAAGGGUUUGUUAAUAACUGCUUAUUAUAAGUUGUGACUUUCUUUGCAUUUAGUUUAUUACUAAUCACUUUCAUACCAUGGAUACUUCAUAAAACUAUUGAAUUUGUCUUCAAAGAAUUCUAGGUACACCAACAGAGAAGAAUUGGCCAGGAGUGUCGCAGCUUCAAGAUUAUAAAACAAGCUUUCCAAAAUGGAGUGGAGAGGGACUUAAGAAAGCAGUUCCUCAGCUGGAUGAAAAUGGACUUGAUUUGUUAGAGGUAGAUGACAGUUGUUUGAAACUUUAUAUUCUAAUUUCCCAAACAUGAACUUCAAACCGUGGUCACCUUAGGUUUGCCAUUUGCUGUAAUCACACCAUGAAAUGUCUCUAGUGUGUUCACAUAAAUUUAAUACAUGUAGGUGCCCAGCAGGGAACCAUACUCAGGCACUAGCCCAAUUACCAAGUAGGAACUCUGUCUAAGUGUGUUGAAACUGAAAUUUUGCUACCACAAAAGUAAUAAUCUGCAUAGAAUGUUCAAUAGGUACCUCAUAAGUGAGGGUUUGUGUAAAGAAAGUCAUGUCUGAUAGCCCGGGGCUACUGGAUUUUGCUAUCGGGCUAGUGAUUUUUGUUCUUAACUUGCCCAACGGGCAAGUGCUAUUUUUUGAGGAAAUUCAAAUUACAGAAGGAUUGUAAUCAAUCCUGCUAAUCAAAAAGGGUUUUGGGGCUUGUUAAAAUGACUUGUGGGCUAGUAUGUGCUAGCUACAGCUUGAGUGAUUGGCAGGCUGCACUGUAAAACUGACUUUGUUUGCACCCUGGUUUGCAAAGCAUAAUUCAUUCCAAUGCAACCCUCUAAGUUGCGACCAUUUUAGUCGCCACGGCGCCUAAAAUUUUUAAGCUGGCGACUUGAUUUGUAAAAAAGUCUCGCUAAACCUAAAGAAUUGGUCGCCAAAUGGCGACCAAGCAAACACUUUAACUUGGAGGGUUGCAAUGGCAACAAGAGUCAUGUACAAUAGCCUGGGACCAGUGGAUUUUGCAUGGGCUAGGGAAUUCUGCUCUGCUCAAAGGGAUCUUAAGAUCUUAUCCUAUGUACCCUUCAUUUGUUUCUGUGUUUUUAAACUUAAAUGCAUAACAUAAUGUUUAAAAAAAAAUUAUCUUGUCUCUAGCUUGUGUGAUUAAAGAGCCUGAUAUAAAUAAUAUAAAAGUUGUUUAAUAAUUCCAAAUAGAGCAAUAUUAAUCAACUGAGACAUGAUGUAUUCUAUUUCCAACAGAAAAUGCUUUUGUAUAAUCCUGCAAAGAGAAUAUCAGCAAAAGCUGCAUUGGAUCAUCCGUAUUUCCAUGAUUUGGACCUGUCUACACUACCUGCAACCAAACAGACCACCAUAAUUGGAAACAUGCCAAAAAGCUUCUAGAUACCAAAUUAUCUUAGUUUUACAUUCACUAUUUUUUUUUUUUACUAAAUGAAAUACAGCCGUGUACAGUACAUUGUAGAGCAUCUAAAGGGGUGUAUUUUCUUGGAUUAUGUAAGUUAAC